AUGACAGCAAUAAAUGAGAGUGUCUCUGAAGAGUUCAUUCUUCUUGGCUUUGCUGACCAUCCUUGGCUGGAGCUCCCUCUGUUCAUUAUUCUUCUGGUAACAUACCCCUUGACCAUGAUGGGGAAUGUCACCAUCAUUCUGGUGUCCAAGUUAGAUGCACGUCUACACAGCCCCAUGUAUUUCUUCCUCACCAACCUCUCCUUUCUGGACAUGUGCUACACCACAAGCAUUGUGCCUCAGAUGCUGUUUAAUCUGGGAAGCUCCAGAAAGACCAUCAGCUAUAUGGGGUGUGUAGUUCAGCUUUAUGUCUUCAGUAUAAUGGGGGGAUCAGAAUGUCUUCUCCUGGCUGUUAUGUCCUUUGAUCGCUAUGUGGCCAUCUGUAGACCUCUCCAGUAUACUGUCAUCAUGAAUUCAUGCAUCUGCAUCUUGUUUGCCUCCAUUGUGUGGCUAGGUGGGAUGGCUUAUGCUUUCUCAGAGGCCACUCUUACACUACAGUUGCCACUCUGUGGCAUUGAUAAAUUGGAUCACUUGUUAUGUGAGAUUCCAGUUCUGAUAAAGACUGCCUGUGGUGAAAAGGAGGCCAAUGAGAUUGCACUCUCUGUGGUAUGCAUUUUUAUGCUAGCUGUUCCUCUGUGCUUAAUUCUCACUUCCUAUGCUAGUAUUGGACAUGCUAUACUUAAGAUCAAAUCUUCUGCAGGAAGGAAAAAGGCCUUUGGAACAUGUUCCUCUCAUCUCAUUGUAGUUCUCUUAUUUUAUGGCCCAGCCAUUAGCAUGUACCUUCAGCCCGCCUCCUCCAUCACAAGGGACCAGCCCAAGUUCAUGGCUCUUUUCUAUGGAGUGGUGACACCUACACUCAACCCCUUCAUCUACACCCUGAGGAAUAAUGAUGUAAAGGGGGCAUUGGGCAAACGGAUGAGGAACAUUUUUAAUUCUAAGUGA